AACCUCACAACUGAACUCAGAAAGCUCCGGGACGGAACGGGAAGGGAAGAAACCGACGUAAUGCCACUACCAGCAUGGGCUGCGUCGAUGGUGAAGAACGGCGGUCUUGGCUUGGUUGCCUUAACAUAUGUUGGUGUGGACUACCUGAGACACUUGACCCCAUCAUGGCACGCUCGCUUGCAGCCCGCGCUCUGGGUGAUUCUCAUCCUUGCUUCCCUCACUCGUUUCCUCAAGUACCCACACUGGAACUCUGAGAUCCGCUCUGCUAUCCCUUUCAUUGCUUCCAUGCUCUUCCUGCUUUCCGCUUUUCUUUUUGAAGUCCUUUCUGUUCGCUUCGUCACUGCCGUUCUCGGUAUUGGUUGGCACCGUGCCACAUCUCCUCUUCCUGACACUGGCCAGUGGUUGCUGCUGGCGUUGAAUGAGAAACUUCCUCAUGUGGUGGUUGAGGUUUUAAGAGCCCGCAUUAUUUCACUGCACCAUUAUCUCAUGUUGUUUGUGAUGUUGGCUUUCUCUGUACUGUUCAACUCUGUCAAAGCUCCUGGCCUUGGGCUGGGUGCAAGGUACAUGUUCACCAUGGCAGUUGGUCGGCUUCUACGGGUUGUAUCAUUUGUUUCUACAAUUCUACCAGCAGUACGGCCUUGGUGUGUUUCUGCCCGGUAUAGACUCCCGUCACAUCCUCAUCCUUGGGCUCAGAAAUAUUAUGUGCCAUAUGCUUCGGAUGCUGGUGCUAUUUCCGAGCUUGUACAACGUGACAUGGCUAAUGGUUUGUCUGAUGUUGGAGAUUAUAUUAAAGACUAUCGACCAGAUUGGGGAUCAAUGAGCUUCCUGAUCAAUUUUCUGCGUCCCACAAGGACUGACGGAUCAUGGUACAGUCUACUUAAGAGAGCCAGUGGGGGCUGCAAUGAUCUCUUAUAUAGUGGUCACAUGCUUGUUGCAGUAUUAACAGCUAUGGCAUGGACGGAAGCAUACGGAGGUUGGACCUCAGCUAUUUUAUGGAUGCUUGUUAUACACAGUGCCCAGAGAGAAAUACGGGAACGGAACCAUUACAGUGUGGACUGCGUGGUGGCUAUCUAUGUUGCCAUCCUUCUAUGGAAGAUGACAGGUUUUAUAUGGUCACCGAAGGACACAUCAUUGAUUAGGAAACUUGCCAAGUAUGAGAAGAUCCAUAGCCAACUUAACCGGGCUAUAAAAGACUCAGACAUGGAUGAAGUAAUGAAGCUUCUUAAAGAGGUUGAGUCUGCUGGUCAACAGAGGCAGAGUUUUACUGAACAGUCAAUUCAAAUAUUUGCCUACAUCACCAUUGUUUUUACCAUCAGCAUUGUAAUCCUGGCCUUCAUUGUGACAAGCGAUGGGUGAUUUUCUUCCCCACGUCAUUUUUUUCUCCCACGACUACAAUGAGUAGAUCUGUACGACAGAUGGAGCAAGAAUGAGGUUAA